CUUUAAACUCCAAGAAGCCAACCAGUUGUCCUUGUGAUUUCCAAUAAAGAGCAAAUAUGAAAGCUGUGGCGUUCUUGAUGUGUUUGCUGGGCUCCUCACUAGCUGCCCCUGCCCCUGACAGUGGCAGCAAUGAGCAGGCAAUUAUUGGUCAUGCUAACACAGCUCUGCAGUUGAUGGAACUCUACAGAAUGUUAGGACAUCUGCAGCAACAGGGUUUUGGUGCUGUUCCUACUGGUGCUCAAGUGCCUGCAGUACCCGCAGUACCUGCAGCACCCGCAGCACCCGCAGCACCCGCACCUGUUAACACCCAGCCUCAGGUUUCACCUCAAGUACCACAGCAGGGUUUCUUUUUCAACCCCGCUCUUUUCGCACCCAAUGGAGAUGGAUCAGAUGAGGAAGGAGCACCACAGUUUCGUGGGUUUUACCCUCCCUACGGCUACCAGCCUGCCCAGCCGGCUGCUCCGUUGAACUCCGAUGAGGCUGAAGGGGCAGAAGAAGCAGAGGCUGCAGAAGCAGCUGAGGUUGCAGCCGAACCUGAACCUGCUGGAACCGCUGCAACUGUUGAUGCUACUGCUGCAAAUGUUGAUGCUACUGCUGCAAAUGAGAUCCCACCCGUUGAUGUUGUCGUAGAGAUCCCACCCGUUGAUGCUGUCGUAGAUGUUCCUGUUGAACCUGCUACCGAAGUCAUUGCUGCUGCUGUUCCAUCCCUCGUCCCUGAGGUACCAGCAGUCGCUGUGGAAAUCGACACCACUUUGGUGGGGCCUGAUACUGGUGCUGGUGCAGAACAGGUGUUGGUGGCUGAGGCGCCUGAUGCUGCUCUGCCAGUACAGUGAGCGAGAUGAUCACAAGCCCCGCCCCCAAGAUCCUAACCAAUCAGUCACAUAGCUGACAUUAAGACCACACCUGUAUGGUCUGAACAUUAUAGCACAGGGGAUUUGGCUAGACUGAGCGGGUGUCUAGAUGUGUGGCACAUUCUUCUUGUGUUGUGUGUGACAAUGUUACCUAGCAGAUGACAAUUUUUUACUAAUUUCACUGUAAGAAUUGAGCCGACACUGCUGCAGACAGCGUUACGUUUUAUGUCUUCUCUUUCAGUUUCUUAAAUAAAAUGUCUUUUGUCUUACUGCGGUUAACUGCCUCUUUAAUCAACUGAAAUGUAACUAUGUAACGCUUUGGAAA